UGGGAGAUUUGUUCCCAGCCUGCCUCAGUUCACCUCCUUCAGGCUUCACAGAAACUCAGCAGCAGCACAGAGCCCAAAAAACGCCUCUCAGGAGGGUGAAAGUGAAGCAAAUUUCCAGCGGGUUUAACUGGAAACUGCUGGAACUACCACCAAAGACUCAAGUUGGACUAACCAGCUGAGGAUAUUUGCAGGAUCUCCUGUAACCAUGGGGGACGUGGUUUCCUCUCACCUGGAUGAGGGCAGGCGGGAGAUGAUUACAGCUAGGACCAGAGACGCGAUGAAAGAGUUCGGCGAUGUGUACGAGCAGCAGUAUGCCGUGGCUCUGUUCAACAGCGUUCGCUACGAGAUCGAAGGAGGAGGAGGAACGCAGUCGCAGCUGCUUCACAGAAAGGACCCUCUGGCAGGUCGGUCCAUCUUCUCAGGGAAUCUGUUUCAGUACCUGGAGGAGAAUCGGAAGUGGAGGAAUCGCUUCGUAUCGGUGCCAAACAGCUACAACAUCAACCUCUAUGAGAGCAAAACAGCACAUGAUCGAGGGCUGCAUCCUAAAGUAACCAUCAACUGUGCCGGGUACAAAGCUCUGGCUUCAAUGGAGGAGUACAUGGAGCUGAUUAAUAACAGUCUGCCAGGUAUCAAGGCCAAAGUGGGCAACCAUCCGUUCAUCAAGUGUGCAACUCAGUUCCCUCUGAUCCUGUGGCAUCCAUACGCCCACCACCAUUACUUCUGUGUGAUGACUGAGAAGGAGCAUAAGAAGUGGCAUGCAGUGCUGCAGGACUGUGUCAGACACAGCAACAAUGCUGGUCUUUCAGAGGACUGCACUGUUCAAACUCCAGCCUUCACCGACUCCGUGAGGCUCCACAGACAGGCCAAAGGACACUACGGGACCUGGGAUAUGAUGUGUGGAGAGCCGCCACAGAUUUUGGCUAAUCUGGUGAUGGAGACCCUCCACCCUGAGCUGAGGAACGUGAUUGGUCCUCGUCUGAAGGGGAAGUUGCAGCAGAGGCAGAGGAACUGGAUGUUGAUCUCCGAUGCAGUGUACAAGCAGGUGUUGUCUCAGACCACAGGGCAGUAUGAAGCUCUGGUGGAAGCCUGCGAGGCCCAAAAAUCUCCACUGGACGCCAGACUGCGAACCGAUAUGGACCAGAUCAUCACGUCUAAGGAGCAUGUCAACAGCAAGAUACGAGCUCUGGUCCUGCCCAAAGCCGAGCAGCUCCUCCGGACCAGCGUCCAGCCUUACAUCAGCUCCAUCCUGGAGGCCCUGAUGGAGCCCACCAGCCGGGGCUUCUCCGAGGUCCGGGACGUCUUCUUCAGGGAGCUGGUGGAGAUCAGCAAGAACUCCAUUAACGGAGGAGGCAAAGAUAAACUGGGAGAACACAUGGAGAGGCUCUCCAUGCUCGCCUUCCACCCGGUGAAGAUGCAGAGCUGCUACGAGAAGGUGGAGGAGCUCAACCUGGAGGGUCUGCAGCAGAGGUUCGACGUCUCCAAUCCAUCGGUGUUCAUCAGCAGGGCUCAGAUCCUCAUGAGGGAGCAAAUGGACAAUGCAGUGUACACAUUUGAGCAGCUGCUCAACCAGUCCUUAGAAGCUCAGGGAGAAGAAAACAUGGUCAAAACCAUCCAGCGAUGCCAAGACAGAGUUCUGAAGAAAUAUGACUACGACAGCAGCACGGUGCGUAAGAAGUUCUUCAGAGAAGCUCUGCUGCAGAUCAUCAUCCCCUACAUGCUGCAGCAGCUUUCACCGUCCUGUUCGCCCGAACUUCCUCGCUUCAAGGAGCUAAUCUUCGAAGACUUCUCCCGAUUUCUGCUGGUGGAAAACAUGUUUGAGGAGGUGGUGCUGCAGUCAGUCACCAAAGACAUAAUGAUGGCUGUGAAGGAGGCGGCAGUGCAGAGGAGACACAACCUCUACAGGGACAGCAUCAUCCUGACCAACAGCGACCCAAACCUCCACCUACUCGGGGAAACGCCUGGAGUGGACUGGGCCGCCAAAUUCGGAGGCGAAGAACCGGAUGGCUCUGUGGAAGCCGAAGAGAGGGGUUCUGGGAGGAGACGCAAGCAGGUGGUGUCCAUGAUCCAGCUGGACGGGUUUACUCUGCCCUACGAGUCCUGCCUGGAGGUGCCGGGGGUGGAGCUCAUCCCCGAGGAGGACGCCGAGGCCUGCAAGGAGGAGGAUCAGGAGGACGAAGAGGAGGAGGAGCUCGGUCUGCAUGAGGAUCCCAAAUCUCCUGAUAGCGUGAACGAAAUCCGGGACUUGAUCAACCCGGUGGUGGAGGUGGUGCUGCCGGUGACAGAGGAGGGGAAGAGCGACGUGACCAACGGGACGGAGCAGACCGGCGGCACCAUCGUCAUGGAGGACGGCGUGCAGGAAGAGGUGACCCACGUGACCACCGUCGUAGAUGAUCGACCCAGGAAGUCGCUGCGAGACAAGACGUCGCCGCAGACGAUCCUGAAGCAGCUGGUGGGAAGCAAAAAGCAGGAAGUCGAUAAGGAGGAAGCAGCCAUCAAGAACGCCAUCGAGGAAAUAGAGAUCGCUGUUCGGGAAGACGACGGGGAACGGGUCGCAGAGGAACCCGCGGCAGAAUCAGAUGGAGAAUCCUCGCCGCCGCCGGUUCCACACUCUCGCUCACGUGACGACAGCGGCUUCCAGUCGCCGACCAAUGAGGGGCCGGAUGACGGCGAGCUUCAGCCAAUCACAAACGGUCUGAACGGGGCGGACAAAGUCGUCGAUCCUGCGGAAGUGGAAGUGAUUUUAGCGUGAGAAGACAAUCCUCUGCACGGUCCGCCUGAAACUGGAGAAAAACUGCAGAGAGGAAGUAGAAGCGUAACAUUUACUGAAAAAGAAUGAAUAAUUGUAUUUAAGGGUUUAAAUAUGCCUUUUCUUCACUGUCGUUGUUGUUGUUGCACUCGCUAAACCAACGCUCUCAUACUCCCCUCAAGUUCUUAUUGAGACAUGCAGUAUCUCAUUGUGAUUGGUUCGCUCUAUGCAGCUUAUUUUCUGUCUGUGUUGACAACACAAUCAACAUAUCUGGUAGAAACUAGCUAAGGCCACAGGCUGAGGGUUCUAAGAUGAUUUUAAAAACUUACUAAGUCGGGGAUAAAGUCACUGAUGUUUCCAGAUGUUUAAAGUUUGUUCAAUGUCUCGAGUUUAUCUGGUUAAAUAAGUUAUAAAUCGUCUUUAGUUCUGCAGGUCUCUAAUGUGCAUGUCGUCUAUCUGGGCAGCAGGGGGCGCUACAGCUACACUUUACAUGUUUCUGCAUCUCUAUGUUCAUUAUAUCACCUAAAAUUUUCAAAUACCGCUAUCUAUUUUUUGUAAAAUGUAAUUUUAUAAACAUGUGAUUUGUUUACUUUGUAAGCAUUUCUUAUUAUGUGCAAACGGCCUUAAUGUUUCGACGUGUUUCAGCAGUUAACGGGGAAUGAUUUAAUACAUCCACAGUGAUUUGAAAAAGCAAGACGUCUAUUUUUUAUAUGUACUUUGGGGGAAAUUAUUGUUUCUUGCAACUUUGCCUGUAGGUCUUGAGAUGACCGAGACACAGUAAUGGCUCUUCAACAAGGAGGAUUCUGACGAAAUUGUAAUCAAAGGAUGCGAUUUAAUUGAUUACAAAGUUUUCUAACGCUGCCGUUUAUUUCAUUUACAUCCUGUUUUUUCAGCUUCACUGUAAGUACAUUGAAUCAAACAUAAGAAAUUACUAUUUAAAACCAAUCUUUUCUUAUUUAAUUAACUGUUUCUGAGUCAAAGAGGUCAGUCAAACUUACAGUAAAUCAUAAAAUUACUCUACUUCCUGGAAUAAAACAUUCUGUAACUGUUUAGUAAUCCUACAGUUCAUGUAUAUUUUGGGGAUCUGUAAUUGCCAGAUCGCUUGUUAAGAGGUUUCCUGUAAAAAACUAAACUAAAUGCAGUACAAUUCUGUGCAAAUGUUGCUCGAGUUCACAUUUUUGCAAGGUUCUGCUCACUUGCUAAGACUUGAGGUUACACUAACAAGUAAUUCUUUUUUUGCAAUAUAACAACUGAAUAGCUAGAAUAGCUACAGAAAUUAGAAUUUUACAAUCACUGUUUCACAUCUGACAACAGUAAAAUGGGAAAAUGAAAGACUGGCAUUAAAUUCUAGCUAGACGGGCUAACAGUGAUAUUUUCAGGUAAAUAAAGUGCAAACAUAUAAUUUUACAUCUCAAUUUCUAUUACACACUAUUACGCACUAAAAUGCAGUUUUCUGUAAAAUAAGGAUGUAACGAGAUUGUCAUUUUCAGCACUGCACACUAACUGUUGAGGUUUUCCUCACUUUAAUGGCACCUGUAGAUGACAAAUUAAGCUGCAAACUGAUAGUAAAUGCGUUCUUCUCCAUGUUGCCACUGUAUUUGAGGCACAUUUAUUUCCAUCUAAGAUUCAUCCCUUCCACUGGAGAACCACCGUCUCCUGUUUAUUUAUUAUAAAACCUAACAUCCAGGUGUGAACAUCUGUCCUUUGUUUGUACGUGAAGAAUACAUACAUAUCGAAACAGAUGAAUAAAAAAUAUUUCAUCA